CUUCGAGCCAACUUAAAAAACCGCAGACCGCACGGAAUCCCGGCCAGUUCGAAAACAAACGUUCCAAGUGGCCCCACAAUGGCAGAUGGUAAUAGUUCGGACGAGGACUUUUCCGACGACUGGGUACUGUAUGCGCACCGCCCGGAAUGGGCAGACAUCGAGCCACUGCCACAGGACGAUGGGGAGAAUCCGGUCGUCAUGAUUCAGUACAGUGAAAAAUUCAACGAUGUGUUCGGGUACCUGCGGGCCGUUAUCGCCCGGCAAGAGAAAUCCGCCCGUGCCCUGGAGCUGACCAAGGAUGCUGCGCGGCUGAAUGCUGCCAACUACACCGUGUGGCAGUACCGGAGAGACAUACUGAAGGCGCUGAGUGCCGAUCUGUUCGAGGAGCUGUCCUACAUCGGCAAGGUGAUUGCGGAGAAUCCGAAAAACUACCAAGUCUGGCAUCAUCGGCGCGUGAUCGUCGAGUGGAUGGACGAUCCGUCGAGCGAGCUCGCGCUCACCGAGAGCAUACUGGAUAUGGACGCAAAGAACUAUCACGCCUGGCAGCACCGGCAGUGGGUGAUAAAGAAGUACGACCUGUUCGACAAUGAGCUGCAGUACGUGGACCGACUGAUUUCGGAAGAUAUGCGCAACAACUCGGCCUGGAACGAGCGGUUCUUCGUGCUCAAGCACGCCGGAUUCACGCCGGAGGUGCUCGAACGGGAGGUACACUACGUGAUAACGCGCGUCGGGCUGAUCAAGAACAACGAGAGUCCGUGGAACUUUUUGCGCGGCCUGCUGCAACAGGGCACCGGCAAGUUGUCCCAGUUCGCGAGCGUGGUCGAUUUUUGCGAGGAUCUCUACAACGACGGCAUCCGUUCGCCGUACCUGCUAGCAUUCCUGGUGGAUCUGUACGCGGAGAGGUACUUCGAUGUGCUGGCCGAGGGCGGCAGCGCCGACGCGGCGGACGAGUUCCGUGUCAAGGUGCACGAUCUGUGCGGGUCGAUGGCCGAUCAGCACGACAAAAUUCGCUGCAAGUACUGGUGGUACAUAGCGGAGAACUUCCAGCGGAAAGCGGCCGCCCAAGCCGCGUCCAACGGUGGCCGGAACGGUGUUUAGAAAGGGGUGGGCUGGGCGAGAGCCAAUAAAGGGGUUAACUUUGC